AGUAAAAUUUGGAUAUAUGUAACUUUGAAGUUGGUAUAUACAAUAAUGCUUCGACAUAAUUUGUUUAAUAAUAAAAUACAUUCUAAUUUUCUUGUUCUUCAUCGCAAAAAAAAAAAACUUACAAACUCCAAUAAUUAAAUGUAAACUAAAAGCAAGAAUUAUAACAAAACGAUAGAAAAAUUAAAAUUCUGACAAAUAAUAUCUUACUAAUGUAAAUUCUGGCAACAUAUUGUUAGUUUGCGCAAGCCAGAUUUGUGUUAUCUAAUUUGACAUUUGUUUGCGUGUCGUUCGGCAAUUUUGUCAAUUAGAAGUCAAAAGUUCCCUACAUAGUGUAAACUUAUCGUUUUUCAUCUACCGAGAAUUAAGAGUAUUUAUUUGAACAAAUUAAUUAAUUUAGGUAAAAAUAAGAAGAAAUGAACACGAAUAAAUGUUAUUUGCCGUUAGAAAUAAUCCUUUCAUUUAUAUUAUGCACAUUUCCCGUGUCUUUUGCGGGCAAAACCAAUUUUGUAACAUGUGGCUCAAUAAUAAAACUACUGAAUUCGGAUUAUGGCUCCCGUUUGCAUUCACAUGAUGUGAAAUACGGUUCUGGUUCUGGUCAACAAUCGGUGACAGGAAUUGAAUUAAAAGAAGAUGUUAACAGUCAUUGGGUGAUAAAGGCACCAACAAAUAAGCAUUGUGAACGUGGCGAACCCAUACAAUGUGGCGAUAUAAUACGCUUAGAACAUUUAACUACUAAGAAGAACUUACAUUCUCAUCAUUUUCCCUCACCUUUAUCUGGUGAACAAGAAGUGUCAGCCUAUGGGGAUGAUGGUAUAGGUGACACCGGUGAUCAUUGGGAGUUAAUUUGCUCCAGUGAUGAAUGGGUACGUGAUGCUCAUGUACGCCUGCGCCAUUUAGACACUGGCAGCUAUUUGGGUAUGUCUGGACGUUCGUUUGGAAGACCAAUUUCUGGCCAGAUGGAGAUUGUCGGUUUCAGUAGUACGCAGCACGGCACACGAUGGACAACUGCAGAGGGUUUAUUUAUUGUACCAAAGGACAAAGAAUCACACAAUGAAUAUGCUCACACGGAACUUUAGAAAAAUUGUGACGGCAAAGCUAAUGUGAUGUGCAUACGCUUUAUACGAAUUUUGCCGCUUUAUUUUAUGAUAUAAUUUUACCAUAGUUAGUUUUUCAUUUAAUUAUUAGUUCAAAUAGAAUUUUUGUUUCUCGCAUACAUGACAACACAUCAUACUUUCAACAUUCAGCUGCAGUAAUCUUGCAUGUUUUUAUGGAUAUCAAAUAAAUGCAAAUUGUGUGAAAAGACAAAAUUAACAAGGCAAUUAAAAAUAUAUUUAUGGAGUUGCAUCAACUGACGGUUGAAAUUCGAUUUUGUAGGAUAACAAAAAGCAAGAAGCUUACGGAGGAUGUAUGUAAAAGGAUCCGACUUUAUAUAUGUAUAUUCGGCAAAGGUUCAUCAACUUAGCAGCAGGUUCUGAAAUUUUUUGUUCAACGAGUUUUGCCCCUCAACAAUAACAUGAAUCAUUAGUCUUUCAUACUGUUUAUUUGUAUGUAUGUAUUCAGCUGUCCUAUUCAAAAGGUGGAUUUAUUCCAGCGAUGAAAAUAAAUAAUAAAAAUGAAAGUUGUUACAAUUA